AUGAAUGUCAUGAUCUACUAAAUUUGUAAGCAAAUUAGUCCCAGCAAAUUCAAUUCAGUUUCUCAAAUCUCAUCAUGUUGGCUCUAUCUCCUCCUCUAUUUUCAACAAUUGGAUGGCCCUUGGAGGAUCAUCCCAUAAGCCAUGACCAUAACUAUUUCUCAGCAGAAUCAUCGCUUCUUCAUUUCCCUACAACUCUGCAGCCACAGUUUGAUACGCUUGAUCACUCCACGCCAUCCACCGCAAUCAGCGGCGAGGGCAACAGUUCUUCAAUGGCUAAGAAGCUUAACCACAAUGCUAGUGAGCGUGACCGCCGCAAGAAGAUCAACAACUUGUACUCAUCACUGCGUUCUCUCGUUCCCGCAGAUCAUGCGAAAAGAUUAAGCAUUCCAGCCACAGUUUCGCGGGUGCUGAAAUACAUUCCAGAGCUCCAGCAGCAAGUGGAGGGACUAAUUCAAAAAAGAGACGAGCUUUUGUCGAAAAUUUCUAAGCAAGAAAAUGUAAUAUUACAAGAGGAAAAGCAAGUAAAAAGCACAGCUAGGAGAAGUAGGAGCUCAUUAUCUGCUGUUUCAACAACCCGUCUUAGUGAUAGUGAAGUUGCCAUUCAAAUAUCCACAAUUAGUUCCACCCACAAUUUCAUAUCUCGGAUUUUGCAAAGUCUGGAGGAGGAUGGGCUUGAAAUACUGAAUGCUUCUUCUUUUGAGUCCUCUGGAGGGAGGGUCUUCUAUAAUUUACAUCUCCAGGUAGACAUGUUCCAUAGGUUGGAAUGUGAGAAUUUAAGCGAGAAGCUAAUGUCCUUCUAUGCAUAAGAAAAAGUAAUUCCAGAGGACUUUCUGAUGAAUUAAUGUGUUACCACAUACCACAUAGGUGUUUCGUCCAUCCACAUUGAAGUGAAACAAGCACUUAUGCCUAAGUUCGUCUUCAACAAUACCAACCAUCAGCCAUGGCAUGAAUUCAGGGAGAGAAUUUAUGACCUAUUACGCUAUACUAGGAAGAAGAGGAUGAAGUUUAGUAGUAAGUCGAGUUUGGAAGUAAUGUAUUUGUGUAUCAUGUGAAGUGACGCAACUAAUUAGUCUUUCCUCUUUCAAACGUCAUAACCCUAAUGUUUCAUGAAAAUAAUAAAGUUAGAAAAACCAGACAAACAUCGUAACCCUGAAACAGUGAAACCUAUUCUUCCUUGUAUGACAAGAUGAUGAAACACGUGACAAAUCAAAGCCUAAUGGAAAACAAAAACAGAAUUCUUACAAACAAAGUUCAAAAUAUGAAGCAGCUUUACUACUUCUCUGCAAAUGUCCCCUAGUACUUCAUUCAUUAUAGAAUGAAAUAUGGCAAGAGCAUUGGUAAACCCAUAAACUUGAUGGUGGUCACUAUGAGCCCUAAAACCAAUCUUACUAGAAACAGAAGGAUGGUAUGAUGGUAUCCAGACCUUGGAUCAGGUGUAAUAAGUAGACCUAUGUCCCUCAUCCAAUACUAGAGUAGACGAAGUUGCUCAAGAAUUUUGCUCGAAACAGAAGACUUUUGAGCUGGUAUGGCUUCGAAAGACUCCUGCAUCUCCAAAAAUUUAGCUGUCAUUUCAUCCCGAGGGACUUGUAUGUCAAAUUCAACAUGGCUGAGUUCGUCAGAAACUGGUGGUCGCAGAGUGCCACCAUCCUUUUUUUUUUUUUUUUUACCAUAGUGGCAUUGACAUCAAUUAUUCCGGUCUCAAACCCUAGCAAAUGGAUAAAAACAUAAGAUUCGAAAAUUGAAAAGAGAAAUGAAAGUUGCAAAUUGUAUUCGAUUAUUUCUGAACCAGGACGAUUAC